UAGGCCACCGCCCAUCAGACGCGUCAGAGGCGUGACGUUUGUGAUUUUCUGGAAAUCAGUGAAAUGUGGAUUUUUUCCAGUUGCUCUCAGUGCCAGGAAGAGUGAGUGGAGUGCGGUCAGCACUAUGAGUGGGGCAGCGCUGGGAAUAGAGAUUGUGGUGGUCUUUUUCUUGGCUCUCUUCCUCCUGCAUCGCUAUGGAGACUUCAAAAAGCAGCAGCGCAUGGUUCUCUUUGGCACGCUGCUGGCCUGGUAUUUGUGCUUUCUCAUCGUCUUCAUUCUUCCUCUGGACGUCAGCACGACAAUCUACAACCAGUGUUUAAUUGAUCAGGAAGCACAAACUCAGACGCCCUCUAUGAGCCCUGUCCUUUCAGAGCAGACGACUGCAAAUGCCUCCAUCUCACCCGCUAAAAGCACUCAACGUGUGUGCUAUAAACCAUGGAGCUACAUUCCAGAUGGCAUCAUGCCUGUUUUCUGGAGAGUUGUUUAUUGGACCUCACAGUGUCUUACUUGGCUCCUUCUGCCAUUCAUGCAGUCGUAUGCUCGCUCUGGCGGAUUCACCAUUACAGGAAAGAUCAAGACAGCCCUCAUUGAAAAUGCCAUCUAUUAUGGCACAUACCUUUUCAUCUUCGGCUCUCUUCUCAUCUAUGUGGCUGUGCAUCCGCAGUGGCACCUCUCCUGGUAUGAGCUGCAAACCAUCGGCAUCACUGCGGCCAACACUUGGGGUCUGUUUCUGCUGGUGCUGCUGCUGGGUUACGGCCUGGUGGAGAUCCCUCGCUCGUACUGGGAGGCCUCGCGCCAGGGUCACCUCCUCAUCAAAACUUACUUCAAAGCAGCCAAGCUCAUGACAGAGAAGGCAGAUUCAGAGGAGAACCUAGAAGAUGUCAUGGAGGAAGUGAGAAAAAUCAACGAAUCCAUCAAAUAUAACCAUCCACUGAGAAAGAACGUAGACACCAUUCUCCGAAAGUGUCCACUUGAAUAUCAGGAGAAAAUGGGCAGGAAUAUGGACGACUUUGAGGAUUUUGAUGAUAAGCAAAACACAUAUCCUACUGAAAGAAGCCUUUCAAAACUACACAAGCAGGUGAUCUACGCUGUACAGCGGCACAACCGCACUCGUGUUCAGUGGCAGAUUUUGCUGGAACAGGCUAUCCAUCUCGAGGACGUCGCCAAGAACGAAACUAGCACCUCUCACCAGUUUGUUCACAGUUUUGCUCCUCCAGAACCAAUAGGCUGGUUCAGACGCUAUUAUACUCCUACAGCAGAGUGGUACUGGGAGUGUUUGCUGAAGCAGUGGUUUUACCGUGUUCUGGCAGUGGUUCUGGCGUUCUUUUCGGUGGCUGUGGUUUGGUCUGAGUGCACUUUCUUCAGUACUCGUCCCGUUCUGUCACUCUUUGCUGUGUUCAUCCAGCUUGCCGAGAGGGAUUACAACUAUCUGUACAUUGAGAUGGCGUGCUUCAUCACCAUCUUUUUCCUCUGCACCUGCGUCUACUCCACUGUGUUUCGCAUUAGAGUCUUCAACUACUAUUACCUGGCCUCACAUCACCAAACUGACGCCUACAGCCUGCAGUUCAGCGGCAUGCUUUUUUGCCGUUUGACUCCACCACUAUGUCUAAACUUCCUGGGACUGAUUCACAUGGAUUCUGCCAUAUCCCACCAAGCAAAGAAGCAGACGGCAUACACCUCUAUCAUGGGUUCCAUGCGAGUCCUGUCCUUCAUUGCCAAUGGCUUCUACAUCUAUUACCCGAUGUUGAUCGUCAUUCUCUGCAUUGCUACAUAUUUCAGUCUUGGCACACGCUGUCUGAAUCUCCUGGGUUUUCAGCAGUUCAUGGGAGAAAACGAAAUGACCUCAGACCUCAUAGAUGAAGGCAGAGAACUCUUGCGCAGAGAAAGAAGAAAACGGCAAAGAAUAGAAGAUGGGGAGAACAGACGAAGAGAAUGGAGAGAGCGUUAUGCUCAGCGAGAUGAAAUUGCUGCCCGAAAUCGGACCUCCAUGUCUGAGAUGAAGGAAACCAACUAUGGGGAAACUCUAAAUGCUAACACAAACCGACAAGCCAAGUACACAAGAAGUGGCAGCCAAUCAGGACGAGACAGCAUUGAGUUGUUACAAGAUGCCGAGCCUCUGGAUUUUAAUGCUGAAACACUUACUGAUGACCCAUUGCAGUCUGACACUGGCAGACAUGCUGGUGGAAGGUACCUCUCGAUGUCAUCUUCUCGAAACCGAAUCUUUGAUGACGUUUGAUGUUCGCCAAGUCAAAAACACUGUCUCUACAAGAAAUCGAGUUGAAUUUUACCUCUAAAACACUCAUGUCUACAGGUGUGGUUUGUCCCUGUCAUUUUAAACCUCUUUGACUUCCUGUAUCCUGUAAUGCAGUGUUAGUUAUCUGCAUGCGUCCUGAUAAACACGCAACAAAAAGUACACACAGAUUUGAAGUGCCGAACAGUCAGACUGCUGCAUGUGACAAAUGAGCAUUCUCUUUUGCACAGUUGUGUUUUUAUUCUUCUUCAUUUUAAGAAAUGAGUCAAACAGUCAGUCAUGAAAUGUACUACAGACAUUAGACUCACUUGACACAUCUAAUGUACUUGAGCGUGUACAGCAGUCGAGUGAAUGAGAAAAGAUAUGAAAGUGGCCAAUCUGUGUAAGUUGUAGAUGUGAGGAGAUUUUGUAGGUGUAGAUUAGAACACUGUGCUUUUUUGUACAUGUGAUCAUUUUUUUAGGCAAAAAGCCAAAUUAAUCUGGCAAAAAACAUUAUUAUUAUAUUAAUUUGGCUUCAACUGAUCUAACAGACAUAUAUGAAUUUAUGUCUAUUUAUUGUCUAUGUAAGCUGGUUAGUGGUUACUGAAUGAAUCUUGAAGUAUUUUAUUUUAUAUUAUUUAUUUCUGCACUUUUAUUAAAUUUUACAUCUUGCUUAUCUCCUAGAUUAUCUAAGCGGAGUUCAUCUUAACAUUCCAGCCAUAAACCUGUUCCUGUAUCAUUUAAUGUAAAUGAAUAACCGCUUAAACUAACCUAUUUAUUUUCACAAAUGUUUAAGUGGCACAUAAAGCUAUUAUUUAUUGACACAUCUGUGAUUGUUACUCUAUAGACUUUCUUCUUAUUUAUAAUCACGUUACGUUUGGCACUGUAUUUUAGCGGUAAUCUGGUGGAUGAAUGUCUUGUAGGCCAUUUGUGCUUUGAACUGUCUUUUUUUUGUCAAAAUAGGCAAGGCUGUUGAAAUAGCUUUAAGGACAUUUUCUGUUUAUAGGGUCAGAGUAAAUUGUUUUAAACAAGAUUUUACAGACUUGCAAGCAUCUCUUUAUCAUGCACAGAAGAAAACAUACAUUUAGUAUUCAAAUGUGUGGAGGAUAUUAAUCCAAGCAUAUAAACAAGAGUGCAUGGGAAGACGUGAAGAAUUUUGUUUUAUGAAAUUCUUGUGCAUUGGGUCAUCUAACAUAUCCAUUUUGCAUGUAUUCUACUGAAUUUGCAGAGGAGUCUAGUUCUUGUUUCUCACAGGAAAUGCAGCAGCAGCUGUAUAUAUAGUGUUGUUCACACUACAAAUGCUAAGCAUCAUGGUUUCAUCUCAGAUAAAUGCAUUUCCUUAAUAAAUGAAACCGUCUGGUUUAAAGAAACCAGAAGGCCAUUUUUUCCAUUCAUACCUUUGAUUUACUGAUAAAGUUAUUUAUUUCUAGUGUGUUUAUGAAAAAUGAAAUCAGUGUUUUGCCAAUGAGGUAAUUUUUAUAUGGUCGGUCCUCACUCAAGUAUUGUGUUGAUGAAAGCCAACAGGAAUCUGAUGCUGGAAUCUGUUGAUUUGUAUAUUAGUGUCAGUGAAAUGUGCUAUUUUCCAAAAUAGGCUAGAAACAUGUAAUCUUGCAGUUAUUAAUAAAUUAUUAAUUCAUUCACAA